AUGUCUCAAAACGUGGGAAUGAGCAACUGCUGCCUGAGUGGCAAGGUGCAUCAAGGCCAACCCGCCGGCCGAGAGGAUGAAAUCGGCGGCCUCUCAACUUACAUUUCGGAGCCGGAGAACCACUCCAAGGCCAAGUCGAUAAUCUUCAUUUGCGACAUCUUCGGUUACACGUUCCCCAACAUCCGCCUCCUGGCCGACGAAUAUGCCAAAGCGGGCUUCUACGCAUACGUGCCGGACUUUCAUCAGGGCGACUCCUUGCCAUUGUCCUUUCUGGACAAUGUCGAGCCCCCCCUCAAGACGCAAGAAACACUCACCCUAGUCGACAAAGCUAAGGAUGCCGUCAUCGUGCCUACCACUUUAGGCCCGUGGCUCGCCAAACACCGCGAAGGUGUCUCCCGGCCCUUGAUCGACGGCUUCGUCAAUACCGUGCGCAUGACGCCUGGCACGAACAAGAUUGGGGCAAUCGGGUUCUGCUGGGGCGGGCGGUAUGCGAUUCUGCAAGCCCACGGGCAGGGCAAGAGUGGAAAGGGUAGUGAUAUUGGGGGCGUGGAUGCGGCGUAUGCUUGUCAUCCGAGCCUCGUAGCUGUACCAGCCGACUUCGACCCCGUGGAGAUGCCGCUAAGUCUGGCGAUGGGGACAAAAGAUUCUCUUUUGGAUCAGGGGACCGUGGGCAAGAUUCAGGAUUUGAUGGCGAAGAAGACGGCUGUGCCGCAUGAGAUUAGGCUGUAUGAGGAUCAGAUCCAUGGAUUUGCACUGCGUAAUGAUUGGAGCAGCGAUAAAGAUAAGAAGGCUAUGGAGUACGUAUUUGCGGAUCCCAUAUUAUCCCGUUUGAGAGCAAGUCUCGAGUCUUGA